AUGACUGUUCAGCGCAUUCUAAUACUCACAGGUGAUUUUGUUGAGGACUACGAGAUCAUUGUCCCAUUCCAACUUUUGCUUACAAUCGGACACAAGGUUGAUGUGGUUUCACCUGGGAAGAAAGCUGGUGACUUCCUAGCUACUGCCAUUCAUGAUUUCGAAGGCUACCAAACUUAUACCGAGAAACGCGGCCACAACUUCGAGCUAAAUGCCACCUACUCUGACGUGAAAGCGAGUGAUUACGAUGCAUUGGUUAUUCCAGGCGGACGUGCCCCGGAACAUCUCGCAACCGAUGAGAGCGUUCUAGAGCUUGUCCGUGCUUUCACGAGUGCGAACAAGCCAAUCGCUGCCAUCUGCCACGGCCCACAGCUUCUAUUAGCAGCCGAAAUACUCUCGGGGCGGAAGGUUGCUGCCUACCCAGCCAUUAAGUCUCAAGUGACAGCGGCCGGCGCUCAGUACCAGGAUAUUGAAAUUGAUGGUGCUGUAACAGACGACAAGCUGGUAACAGCGCCAGCUUGGCCGGCGCAUCCAGCAUGGAUGAGUCACUUCCUAAAGGUUCUAGGUACGAAAAUCGACCCAUGA